GGGCGCGGAGCAGACAUGCGGCGGCUCGGGGCUGCGCUGCUGUGCCUGCUGCUGGCCGCGGCGGUGCCCGGCGCGCCCGCUCCCACCGCGACGUCCACGGCCCCCGCGGAGCCGGCUCCGGCUCUCGGCUACCCGCAGGAGGAAGCGACGCUCAACGAGAUGUUCCGCGAGGUGGGGGAGCUGAUGGAGGACACGCAGUACAAGCUGCGCAGCGCCGUGGAGGAGAUGGAGGCGGAAGAAGCAGCUUUGAAAACGUCCUCGGAAGUGAGCCUGUCAGGGUUACCUGCCAGCUACCACAACGAGACCAACUCGGACGCCACCGUGGGGAACAACACCGUCCACGUGCACCGAGAACUUCACAAGGUAACCGACAAUCAGACUGGACAGACGGUGUUCUCUGAGGUGGUUGUCACGUCUGUGGGGGACGAAGGCAAGAGGAGCCACGAGUGCAUCAUUGACGAGGACUGUGGACCCGCCAGGUACUGCCAGUUCGCCAACUUCCAGUACACCUGCCAGCCGUGCCGGGACCAGCAGACGCUCUGCACGCGGGACAGUGAGUGCUGUGGAGACCAGCUGUGUGUCUGGGGUCACUGCACCAGUAAGGCUAUCCGAGGCAGCAACGGGACCAUCUGUGACAACCAGAGGGAUUGCCAGCCUGGGCUGUGCUGCGCCUUCCAGAAAGGUCUGCUGUUCCCCGUCUGCACGCCUCUGCCCGUGGAGGACGAGCUGUGCCAUGAUCCUGCUGGCCGGCUGCUGGACCUCAUCACCUGGGAGCUAGAACCCGAGGGUGCUUUGGACAGAUGCCCGUGUGCCAGCGGCCUCCUCUGCCAGCCGCACAGCCACAGCCUGGUGUAUGUGUGCAAGCCAGCCUUCGUUGGCAGCCCUGACCAGGAUGAGGGGAGUCUGCUGCCCAGGGAGGCCCCUGAUGAGUACGAAGAAGGUGGCUUCAUCGAGGAAAUGCGCCAGGAGCUGGAGGACCUGGAGCGGAGCCUGGCCCAGGAGCUGGCGCUCGGAGAGCCCGCUGCUGCUGCGGCUGCAGCGGAGAUGCUGGCUGGGGAGGAGAUUUAGCCCGGCCCAGGCGCGCUGCCACUAGACAGGCAAUAGAGAUGGCUAACUUAUUUCCCCACGAGUGUCCCCUGGGUGUGGGCUGGCCAGGCGCUCCCCGUGCCCCCUUCCCAGUAAAUGUCCCCUCCAGCUUGACAAGGUGCGUGCUGGGCUUUGUCCUACCCAGGCCCCGACUGCCACUGCAAUGCCCUGCUACUAGGGGGCUGGCAAAAGACAGACAGACAUGGGCAACUGAGGGUGGAGCCUCAUGCCCCCAUGCCUCCAUGGUUUUCUUCUCCAUCGAUUAGAGACCUGAGGGGAGGAGAUGAGAAGGAAGGUAUUCUAACUGCCCGUGAUGGGCUGUGGGGGAAGUGUCGAGGAGGGUGCCUGCUUUGCAAACGCCAACCUGGCAUGCCACACAGCAGCCGCAGGCGAGCUUGCUCACGCCCUUGUGGGCAUUCGUCCCUCAGCUCUUCACUCGGCUCCUACCUCGUUGUGGGCACAGCACCUCGCAGCAGCCACCCCCAGUGCACUCACCGCAGCCUUGGGGAGAUGCCCUUCUCCUUCCUGCCAAGGACUUUCCGAGGCUGUAAGCUGCUUGCCAAGCCCAGAGUUCUCCCGCUUCACCCCGCACCAGUCUCAGGGCCUGCCCAAAGGAGGGGAAAGUGAAUCCUUCUUCUCCUUUGGAGACAUGCCUGUGAUUAAGGUGAAGCUAGUUCACACGUCUCUGAGGUGAGAAGUAGCCGGGUGGAUGUCCGUCAUUUUAGGGGAGACUGCUGGUGUGGAUAGACGUCGCCCCCCCCCCCCCGCCAUUUGGAGCAUAGUGUAUAAAUUAAUUUGCAGGAAAUAUAUAGUUAGGUCAUUGUAGGACCAGGAGUGUAAAUGAAAUUUGCAAGAUCGCUUUACAGAAACUAAAGACCGUUGGCAACUUUGUGGAGAAAGUAAAAGCAAGCUCUAUGAAACAUGGCUGUAAUAUCCCGACCCAGGACACUGAGCAGGGUGUCACUCCACAAAUGACAUUUCCAGGUGCAAGAAACGGUUUCCAUCGUGUAUUCAUUCAUCCAGAGUUAUUAUAUCUUAAAGUUAUACGUGGUUGUGUAAGCAUGCUUUCUUUGACUUUUAAUUAACAUGUAUAAACACAUGUAGCAUUUAGAAAUCAGGCAUAAAUCACUUCUACUACUCAUA